UAGCUGCCCCUGUCUCCCCGUCCAUCUUGGCUCAUUUUCAUUCCGACAAUGCCCUCUACCGCACCCUCAUUGUUUCCAUCUGGGAACUCGGUAAAAUCGUAGCACCGUUACUAUGGGGCCCGCUUUCUGAGUUGUAUGGCCGACAAUGGCCUCUGAAUAUUGCCAACCUCUUCUUCGUGGCCUUCUUGGCUGGCACUGCCGCCAGUACCAGUAUCCAGAUGCUGAUUGCAUUCCGGUUCCUGAGUGGUGCGGCGACUGCAGCAUCAGCCAUCGGUCCUGGCAUUGUCAGCGAUCUCUUUCCAGAGGAAAGUCGCGGACGUGCCAUGUCUAUUAUGUCCUUGACCGGUGCAUUGGGACCAGUAGUAGGCCCCAUCAUCGGCUCCUAUCUGGGUGAAAAAGCCGGAUGGCGAUGGGCAUUCUGGUUACCGACCAUUGCUACGGGUACUCUGUCCCUGCUCAUUCUUGUUGUGUACCGUGAAACGUACAGCGUCACUCUCCAAAAACGCAAAGCUAGACAGCAGAGCCCCGAGAGUGGUUCCAAGAGUCCCGAGGAUACAGACAAGACGGCCAGUCAAGUAUUUUUCAAAGCUAUUCUCCGGCCACUUCGUCUGCUCAUCCGGUCCCCCAUGCUGAUACUAGUUACCUUCUACCUCAGCGUGGUCUACGGGUACACCUACCUGGUGAUGACAACCAUUGCACCGCUGUUCCAGGAUGUCUACGGCUUCUCCGAAGGAGCAUCCGGCCUAGCCUUCCUCGGACUGUGCCUUGGGCUUAUUCUGGGGGCUUUCCUUUGCAGCUUUCUGCUAGAUCGCUAUGUACGCACAGCCAGGGCACGGUCCGGCACCUCUAAACCAGAGCAGCGCCUUCCUCCCGUCCUGAUUGCAUGCUUCGUCAUGUCAGGCGGCCUUUUUCUCUUUGGCUGGACUGCACAGUAUCAUGUCCAAUGGAUUGCACCAAUUAUUGGUACGGGCAUUAUUGGGUUUGGACUAGUGUCUACCACCAUCACCUUGCAGACUUACGUCGUGGACCUUUUUGGCAUCUACGCCGCGAGUGCUACGAGCGCAAUGCUGGUGCCCAGAAAUGCCUGCGCCGCAUUCCUGCCCCUUGCAGGGCCACCACUGUUUGACCGCCUUGGAUACAACUGGGGCGGGACUCUACUGGCCCUGAUUGUAUUGGUGUUCUCGCUCAUGCCCCUAAUCUUUAUCAAGUAUGGCGAGAGAUUGCGGGGAAAGAAUCUACUUGAUGAUUGAGAUGUCUCGGAAUUUGUAUAGUACGUUUAGUAUGACAAAAGUAUUAACAUGAUGGUAAUGAAACUGCUUGGGAAUGA